UUUGUCGGUAAAGCGGUAAAGCGCCCUGACCUCGACUACGACUUCCCUCCUUUUCCCUCCUUAUUUAAAACGCAUUAAGGGGUCCGAGCCGUACCUCCCCUCCGCAUAAAAAAAAAACCGUCGAUUGGAUUUGAAUUUGAAUGUGCAUGUAGAUGUACUUCAGGUCGACCUAAACAUUCUUUCGGCGCUUCACCAACGCUCGUUCCUCCUUACAUCAUUCUACCUCUUCCUUUCGUUCUUCUUCAUCCCAGUAUUUGAACAUUCGUUUCUCUCAUCUGCCCCUCGUCGGCGUAAUUGGAUCACAUCAUCCAUCAUUCGUUUUUUUCUUGCUUUGGAUAAUUUGACUUGGGCAUCAUCUAUCCUAAGCAUCUCAAAAUGAUCAAGUUUUUCAUCAACUGGGAAUUAUGGCAGCAGAUGACCUUCGUAAGUUGCCUACUCCGUAACCCCUAUCCCUCUACCUCGCUAAUACCAAAGUAAAGGUCCUCGCCGGUGCGAUCGUCUUGGUAUUCUUUGCUGGAUUAAUUAAGUUGUGGUGGUUGAAUAGAUUUAUCAAGAAGCAUACAAUACUUGACCUAGAAAAGAAGGCUAGGCAACAGGAGAUGCAAAGGAGCGGUCUUCCGAUAGGCAAGAAGGUGGACAUUCCAUUCGGCGUGCGCGCAAUUCAGAGCGGUAUCGAAGUUGACGGCAUCUGGAUCUCACGGCCUAAUACUCCGCUCAUUACUCCAACUAGUCCGUCAUUCGCUUCUUCAUCAACUCUCGAACCCGAAAGCAGGUUGAAAGGAAAGGAGAAGGAACUUGCCGUGCAUACGGCAACGACUGUCAUCGAAUUUGAAUCCACCCCUGAACAAAGUCCGUUACCGAGCCCUGCCGUUAGCUUGUCUGAUCGGCGCGUCCCGACCGCGGCCGAACACAGCCAUGCCAGAGCAUUCCCUCUCGGUGCGCAGCCUACUUACCGACCAAAGGGUCCAUCGCGCCGCCGAACGGAUAUUACCGAAACCUUCGACGUGGACGGAUUAAACCGAUAUGAACGUAACACGGCUAACCAUCAGCAAGUCGAAACUUAUGUUCCCAAGCACUCGUUCUCUAGCACGGAAUCGUCAUCGCUGUCUUCCCAACAAAGGACAGUGGUAGACCGCAGCUCGACUUCUUCGGAAGAAGGUAUCCGCCAUGCACAGACACGUUAUGUCUCUCGCCUCCGGCACUCCGCGUUGCCUACAUCCCGGACCCUAGUUUCCUUCGAGGACCCAGAACCUUCGGCAGCUACCGUGGACCACUUAUCGUAUCCUGAGCCGAGGAGGAAUCCUUUCGAAACGCCCUCGUCCUCCGAGGCGCAAUCAGUUUCCCGUCCCCCGCUAGCUUCAAAUAGACCGACACCUCAUCGGUCCUACUCUGGCGAGUCACACGCAAACACAUCAACCAGAAGAGUUAACGCGGGGUUUGAAGUGUUACCAGCCGGGACCUUCAGCCGACCUGACAGCCAAACCGAGACGGACGAGAGCCAAUCUAAGAGGCAUAAUAAUAAUAAGCUUCAGAAGAAGGCCCGUGAUCAGUCGUCAAGGGAGACACCGUCGCUAACCUGAUAAAUCAGUGUACAUAAAGGGCGUAGAAUAGAAAGGAGACCGUGAUGAGGCCGAUGUUGACACUGCACACACAAGCAUUGUUCCUCGAACAUUGUUGCUCGAGCGUCAAUAACACGUUACACACGAAAAGAAUGUAGAUAGAUUUUUGCUCAAGCGAACCUAGGGUAGUUGCAUGGAGGGAAGACGGGGGGGAUACCGGCAUUCAUAUCGGCGUUCGUUUAUACAGGGGGGGAGGGGGGAGGGGGGGGAAGAGUAGGACGGGGCAAGAAAAUAAUCUGGGGGAGUAUGUAAUUGACUUUGAAUCCGAAACCUUUUUUGUAUACCCAACGUUGGAAGGGAAGAGGAUAUCCGUUGCUGCGCUAGCGUUAUGAUAGUUACCUUACGUAUGAUUAAUGCAAAGCGCUUUGGUUACAUGUAUGACAGUGAAACGAAACUUUGCAUAUAUAAGAGACACUUGAUGUCCUUCACUUGAAUGAGUUGUUCGCUUUCAUAACCGGCUUAUAAUAAAAGAGUGAAGAGAAUGAGGGCAUUGAGAAAUGUAGUAGGCGUGAAUAAGUGAGUUUCAUCUGAAAAGGGGUGUCGUCCACUUUUCAUACACUAGGCGCUCCGCAUUCCGUCGAUCGAAGGCCG